AUGACCAGGGACGACGGUCACGACUCGAAGGCCUUACCGUUCUUGGAUGCGGCCAAAGAGGAGCUGAGCGGCCAGCUGUUGUCCAUGGCCACAGAGGGAAUCGCUGAGCUCAAGGCCUCUGUGCAACAUGCUUCAGAGAUGCUGAAGGCCGACUUGGUCGCCGCCCAACAGGACUCGCAGGCAGUUGCACCUACGAGCGUUGCAAGCGACUCGGCCGAGAACACCCCCGACGUGGCGCCCUCCAAGGCUACCCCGGCUACAAAACCUACGAGGGUUCAUGAAACUCGUGACCUGGUUACGUGGUGGCAUUGGCAGAACACCUCAGAGAAGAGGGAGCUGCGCCCGGAGGAAGAUCGCACGGUUGUGCGCUCCCCUUUCUUCGAAGUCACUGUUCGGAGCGAUACUGAGAGAGCACCCAAGCAGCAGCCAUUUCCAUACUUCUCAUGGCCUCGUAUGGGGCGCCAGAAGUGGGGCUACUCCAAAGACGAUGGGGCUGAUGACUUCGACAGAAAUCGCUGUACAUGCACAUGGGCACACUUUCUCUACUCACGAGAUGUGUGGGUAGAAGUGACGGUUCUGAGCGACACGGACCAUCCGAACAUUGCCAGUGAGCUCCUUCUUCGUCCCCGAAAUAUCACGGAAACACAGGGCGGGUAUUGGGUUCCUGAAAAAUCGGGCAAGAACACUGUCAAGUUCAAAAUUCCGUACAGCGCAGAUGGCCUACGCUUCUCCUUGGAGUUUGCCUGGGAGACCUUUACCUUCCAGCACGAUGGCCGCGACAUUGCGGAGUUACCGCGCAAUGCUCUGAUCCUCUUUGCCGAGCCCAUCGAGAAGCAGAUCAGGCCAGAGGAUUUCUUCUCAUCAGCAGAGUUGGAGUCCAAAGUGCACUACGUGGAUCCUGAAAAGGACCUCCCCCUGAACUUAGAUGCCGUCCAGAAGCCCGUGAUCUACUUUCCGCCUGGCGUCUAUGCCAUGGCCUGGAACUAUCAUGCGUACCUGAACAGCCAUAUCGAGUGGAUCUACCUUGCUCCGGGGGCUUAUGUCAAAGGCGCCAUACAGUUCCGUGGACAAAACGGAAAAACGCCUGCGAAACUGCGGAUCACAGGCGCCGGCACGCUGUCCGGCGAGAAGUAUGUCUACGAGUGUGACAAGGAACACGGCUACGCCACGCGGCCAGCCAACGAAGCAGGAGGCUACGAGGGCCGCUGCCUGAAGAUGAUGGAGUUCUACUCACCGGAGGGCAUGCGCCAGGAACUUGAAGUUCAGGGCAUCACGAUCACGAACCCACCUUUCCAUUCCUUCACAGUCUACGGCACCUUGAACAAGGCAGGCUCCGAGUUUGCCACCAACGUGAGCAACUACCACAUGGUGGGAGUGUGGUACUACCAGACAGAUGGCCUCGAGGUGCCCAGCUGGUCCACGGUGCAGAACUCCUUCUUCCAGACCGGCGAUGAUUGCAUCAAGCUGUACUGGAGCAACGUCACGGUGAGGAAGAUCACAGCCUGGUUUCAGGGAAACGGGGGCCUGAUCCAAUUUGGUUGGAAGCCUCGCAACCUUGCCCAGAUCACCUGCGAGGAGGUGGACGUCAUCCAUGACCUCUCCCGCUUCAGGCAGGCUAGCAACUGCGCGAUCAUCUGCGCAGCUGACUUGAUCUGCGCCGGUGACGAAGCGACUGCGCACGAGUUCGACAUCGAAAGCCUCACGCUCAAGGAUAUCCGCGUAGAAGGCAAAUGCAUGUGCCCUAUUCGAAUUGCUGUUCAGUCCCAGAUCCGGAAGAUCCAGAUCGAGCGCUUGUGGGUCGAUCAGUGGGACGGAUCGAAUGAUCAAUGCUGUGUAAAGGAUUUCAAGAAGAAUCCUCGAGUGACGCAGUUUUUCCACGGCUUAAAGGAUGCCUUCCUUGAGAUCUGCGACUUUCGGAUCGGCGACAAGGUGAUCACCGAGGCGAACGCGCAGUCCUUGGGUAGAAUCGCCUUCGACAAGCUCUUCGACUCCAAGUGGUCCCUGAGCUCCAGUCAAAUAUAG